AUGUCGUCGGACCCAGCCGCUCCGCAGGUGCAAGAUGGCGACGACAUUAGAACCUUCAUCGAGGGGAUGCCCAAGUGCGAGCUCCACGUCCACCUGGAGGGCUGUCUCACGCCCAGCCUGGCACGACGACUCGCCGAGAGGAACAACCUUCCCCUCCCACCGUCCCUAUCGUCCCUCGACCCGUCUCAGACAGGAUACUCCUUUCACGAUCUGACGUCCUUCUUAGCCGUGUAUUACCCCAACCUCAGCGUGUUACAGACCGAGCACGACUUUCGCGACCUGGCCUUGGACUACCUGACACGUGCCCACGCGCAGAACGUCAAACAUGUCGAACUGUUCUUCGACCCGCAAGCACAUACGUCCCGAGGGGUACCAUUCCCCACUGUCAUACGAGGAUAUCGUUUGGGCUUGUUGACGGCGCAGCGCACUCUAGGCAUCUCAGCAAGCCUGAUCCUUUGCUUCUUGCGCGACCAGUCCCCUGAGUAUGCCAUGGCGACCCUGAUGGAAGCCUUACCCUACAAAGAUGCCGUCAUUGGCGUAGGUCUGGACUCGGACGAGCGGGAUAAUCCACCGUCCAAAUUUGCUGCUGUUUUCCAACGGGCCAGUAAGGAAGGAUUCCUGCUGACUGCUCAUUGCGACAUUGACCAAGCAAAUUCCAUCACUCACAUCCGUCAAUGUAUCAACGAGAUUCAAGUUGACCGUAUUGACCAUGGGACCAAUAUUGUCGAAGACGACUCGCUGGUCGACAUGAUAAUAUCCAAGAACAUCGGCUUGACAUGCUGCCCUGUGUCCAAUUCCGUUGUGACUGCUGAUUUCAAGGGACGCGAAAUCCUCACCCUCCUCCGCCGCGGUGUCAAAGUCACUAUCAAUUCUGAUGACCCGGCUUACUUCCGCGCUUAUGUCAACGAAAAUGUCGAGAAGUUGGCGCGGGAAUCGGAUGUGACACGCAAGGAACUUAUUCAGCUACAACGAAACGCAUUUGCCAUUUCAUGGAUUUCGUCCUGGCGAAGGAACCAUUUCCUCGCCCUUCUGGACGAUUACGAAGCUAAGAUGAUACAGACUCCCGCCCUGGUGAACGGUGCCGGCAAUUGA